UUUUGUUCACACUAUCUUUUGCUACCAUUUCCCAUAACAAAACUUUGAUCUUUUUAGUAUCUUCUCUCUCUCUCUCUCUCUCUCUCUCUCUCUCUCUCAUUUUCUUCUGCUGAAAUUAGGGUUUUGGAAUGUGGAUUUACAAUGUCACAAACUAAAGAAGAAGCUUCUAUCUCCGACACGACUGCUCCGGCCGAUUCCCCCCUUAACGUUUUAGGGCAUAAUUCCCCUGAUCCCGAUCCGACUCCAAAUCCUGACGAGUCGCCGACAUCGUCAAAUCUUAAUCACGUGGCUGAGGAAACCGGGCAUGAAGAAAACAAUCUAGAAGAGCAGUUGCGGGAACUCGAUUUGAAGAAGGAAGAGGAAGAGGAGAAGGAGGAGGCUGCUGAGACAAAAAGCUAUGGGGAGAGAAAAAGCGAAAAUGGUUACGACGAUGCUGAUGCCGGCGCUGACGGAGACGAAGAAGACGAGGAGGAUAAAAACGAGAAUGAGAAUGAUGGUGAAAACAUGAAGAGUUAUGAGAGAGUGAUGUCGCAUUAUCCGGUGAGACCGGACGCAGAUGAUUGCGCUUAUUAUAUGAAAACUGGACUUUGCAAAUUUGGAUCUAAUUGCAAGUUUAAUCAUCCUGUUCGAAGGAAGAACCAGGCUGUUCAGGAAAAAUUCAAGGAAAAUGAUGAAUCAAGUCAAUCAACAGAGAAACCAAGCCAGACGGAAUGCAAGUACUACCUAAGAAUUGGUGGAUGUAAGUUUGGUAAGGCGUGCAGAUACAACCACUCAAGGGCAAAAUCUUCAGCUGCUCCGGUUUUAGAACUUAACUUUCUGGGACUCCCCAUCCGACAGGGAGAGAGAGAGUGCCCCUAUUACAUGCGUAAUGGGUUGUGCAAGUAUGGAGCCAACUGCAGGUUUAAUCAUCCUGAUCCUACCACUGCUGGAGGUUGUGACCCACCUGCAGCAUAUGGUAAUGGUGGAUCUGUUUCAUCACAAGCUGGUUCACAAGUGAAUAUGGCAUCCUGGUCCUCACCGAGGGCAUUGAAUGAGACUCCUGCUCCCUAUAUGCCAGUUAUGUUUUCACCAACUCCAGCUAUUCCACCCCUAAAUCCAGAAUGGAAUGGUUAUCAGGCCCCUGUUUAUCCCCCACCAGAAAGGAGUUUGCAUCUAACCCCAGCAUAUGUCAUGAAUAACCCCUCAGCUGAAACCGCCGUCUAUAAUCAACAUCAGCCACAGAUGGUGGUUGAUGAAUUCCCAAUACGGCCUGGCCAACCUGAGUGCAGUUACUUCCUGAAAACUGGGGACUGUAAGUUUAAAUCUAAUUGCAAAUAUCAUCAUCCAAAAAGUCGAUCUACAAAGCAGGCCCCGUGUACUCUCAGCGACAAGGGCUUGCCACUGAGACCUGAUCAAAGCAUCUGCUCAAACUACAGUCGGUACGGCAUUUGCAAGUUCGGACCAGCCUGUAAAUUUGACCAUUCAAUGCAGGCAGCUCCUUCAACAACAGAAUCUGAACUAGAUAAGGCUCCACCGUUUGGCCAUUCUGCACCAUUAGAGCAAACCUCAAUUGCGGAAAGUAAUGGUACCCAAAAUUAAUUUUUCAGGAAAACGGCUUCCUAGCUCUUAGAUCUCACAUCAGAAGGAUUCUAAAUUUUCCGUUCAUUUUUUUUUUAACUCGGAAGACUGCUUAACUUUUCUUCACUUAUUCCAUCGCCACAAGCCUUUUUAGGGGAUGGCAUUAUAUAUGAUGGUUUGUGUUGGUAGUGCUACAAAGCUCAAAUUAAACCAGGAUAUGUAAAAUGUCUCAGUUUCAAGUCAUUUUAGGAACUAAUACAAGUAAGAUUUGGGAUGUGUUGUACUUCCCUUGAA